AUGAAUACCGCAGAGUACAAAAACUUCUAUAACUUGGACACCCUGGCGCCCAUCACUAAAAAAUUGGGGUCCGGUUCCACACGUAAUAGUGGGACCGGUGGCACAAUGAGCAAAAGCACUGGCGGAAAAUUUGGCAACACUAUGAACUUUGGCAGUAAGCCAAAUAAUUCAAGCUACAAUGCGAAAAACUUAAGCAAUUCGGGAAACUUUGGUGAUAAAAAAACGAACGCAUCUGGACUUGGUGGAAAAAUUAGUAACGUACCUAGCUAUAGUGGAAAAAGUGGCUCAGAUAAUUUAAGCAGUACAUCAAGUUCCGGCGGAAAAAAGAACACAACACCGAGUUUCGUCGAGGUAGGGGGAAAUUCCAAAAGUCAAAAGACUGCUAGUAGUGGCUACACCAAACCCACGACGGAAAAGAAUUAUACUGCUCCUUCGUUUAUGAACCGUAACUCUAAAAAGUCCUCGAUGACAUUUGGCAUUAUAUGGCUGCCUACAAGAAAACGCAAUAAAAUGAAGGAUGCAUACAACCCUAAUAACGACAAACGAGAUCGCUAUAAAGAGAGAACACCUUCAAUGUAUAAUUUUAUGUCCGGAGAUUCAUCUGACCAUCAAGCUUUUAAGAAAAAAGAAGAAACAGAUUUGUCAGUACCAGAAAGAACAAAGGUUCCAGUAACAAUGGCAGUUGUGGUUUCAAAUGGAUUGCCACCAGACAUUGGAGGCAAUAUAGACUCUGAUGAGAAGCAAGAAUUUAUACAACAUGACAAAGAAGAAAGUAAAGAAGCAGCUGGCGACUCAAAUGAAAAAAGUGACAAAGAUGAUGAUUAUUUAGAAAAUAAAGACCCAACAAACGAAGUUCCUGUUGCAACAUCAGAGAAAGACAAAGUUGGUGACAAAGUUGACAGUGUCUAUUUGCGCCCACCACCACCCCAUAAAGCUCGAUCAGCUGCAUCCACUAUUGAAGAGGAAAGUUGUGGUAUGAAAUGCCUUUUCUAUACUUUAGAAUGCUGUGACUGUGUACUCAUGUAA